UGGGGUCGAGACGCGCUGGCCGCGGCCGGGCCGAUAGUUGUCUGAAUCCGGGGCCGGCCGCUCGCGCGGGGACAGCGGCUGAUCGCGCGCCCGUCAGUGCACACUGUGAGCGCAUCCGGACAGCACCGGGCAGCCGAUCCCGCGCGCGCGCGAGCCAGCGAGUGAGUGCGAGUGUGUGCUGAGUUCCAGCUGCACGCAGCGUCACUGCACCAUCAUGGAGCCGCUGCGGACUGUGUCGGCGGCCGUGUGUCUCCUGCUCGCGCUGUGGUGGACCACACCAGGACUGGCCUGCAACGAGGCCGUCUGCGCCAGUAUCGUCUCCAAGUGCAUGCUGACCGGCAGCUGCAAGUGCGACAUGACCGACCUGUCCAACUGCACGUGCUGCAAGGAGUGCUCCGAGUGCCUCGACAACUUGUAUGAGGAGUGCUGCUAUUGCUUCAAGAUGUGCCCGAAGCCGGAGCGCAGCUGGUCCGAUCUGGCCAUGCACUCUGAGGUGGAGGAGUUCCACGACCCCGAGAUCGGCCUCUUCAGCACCCUGACCAACAAGCACGACCCCAAGCAGCGCUGGAUCAGCUAUACGUUUCCCGUGGACCACCAGAUCGUCGACUUUGGACACAAGUACCAAAUCCGAAUAGUGUCAGUGGACGAGAGCGCGCCAGAGGGCGGCACGGAGCCGCAGCAGGUGACCGUCAACUGCACGGUGGCCUACCUGACGCAGUGCCGCUCCUGGGCCAAGUGCUCCUUCUCGUGCCAGACCAUGGGCGCCAGAAGCGUGCGCUGGUUCCACAACGGCUGCUGCGAGUGCAUCGGCAGCACGUGCAUCAACUUCGGUAUCAACGAGAGCAGGUGUCUCGGCUGCAGCGACGGGAUCGAGGACAUGCUGCAUGACGAGGGUGAGCUCAGCGACGACCAGCUGGACCAGGUGCUGAUGGCCGAGAUGACAGAGGUGUGAGACGGACAGACGCACUGCGCAGGCGCCGACAGCCGAACGGCUCAGCUCGGAUCGGCCCGGUGCGCGGAUCGCUCAGGGACGGACAAAUGUGCAGGAAAUUCAGCGAAUUCAGGAACUCGGCUCAGGGAUGGAGACGCACCGCCGCCGAUGGCGCCUGCACGGCUGAAGGAACACUGAUAUGUGACCGGUGGCUGAGAUUCGGUACCAGGUCUGUUAGGAAGCCGAGGCCAAAGAGUGAUCUCAGGAGAACGUUUGUGGUUGAGAUAAAAACACCGGCAGUGAAUUCGAAGCAAGCUGAGUGCGGUCGUGUUGGAUGUCUGGCUCAGACGUGCGGGCCACAUCUAGUUUCAUUCUGCUCUGUUUUUAUUACGAUUUAUUCUGACUUUGAUGACGCUCCUGUUCGUUUUAAGGAGAAACCAAACUUGACUGUAAUCCAGUAUAUUUAUUGUCCUAAUUGGUGACAGAAUGACGCAUAAAAAUGGCAAGUUAUCAGCAAGCGACAAUCGAUGUGCAUUGUGACUUUUGCGAUGUACAUUGUGCGAUAUUUGUGUAAAAUAUUUGUUGACUGUUCUUCGACUGUACUCAAGCUUUGCAUUUAGGCCUAGGUAUAUACGGAAGACGGCAUCCUGCUGCCGAAAAAUUCAUCUCAGGAAGCAAUUACGGAUGUAUCAUGCUUUUGCUUGUUCCAGCGAAUGUAGAAAGCAGAUGAUGUAGGCUGCAAUUUAUGCCACUGGAACGGACUGAAUUCACAUACCUGAAUUUUUAACUGCAUGCAUGGCGCAUAGUAAGUGCAAGGAUGAUCGACCAAUGUUGUAAAUGCAUUCAAUCGUGACCUGUA